CUGAAGCUACGAGCAUGAAUGAAAGAUCAGUUGCUCAUCCUUCGAAACAAAUUUCUGGCUAUAUAUAGCAAGUGGCAAAGCAGAAAGUCUCAUAAAUCCCAUAGCAACUUCAACUUGCAUACUGUCCUUCCAUUGCAUUAACAACAAACAUUAUGGACAGGGAAACGCCUGAUCAACGCCCACUGGUCGGAAACGACGGCAACUGGAAGAAGGAAAUAUUAGAAAAACUUGAAAAAUCAAAACAGGUUCAAUUAAGCGCACUGGAUGAUCUCGUUUCUGUGAACUCCCUUUUCACAAUAGCCAUCUUCUUGGGCUUAGCCUUUGCAUCUCCCACUCAACAAAGCCUUGAUAAUCGACCGGAAUGUUCACCGGACGUCAAGAUGGAAAAGAGGCUUGUUCUUUAUGAAGUACUAUCGUUUGCUUGCUUCCUCCUUUCAAGCCUGGUGGCGAAAUCUCUCAAGCUUUUCAUCAAUGUCCAAGACACCAAAGAAACUAUACGUAUUGAUCGAGCUCAUGAAUAUAAAGUGAUAAAGCCAAGUAGAGGUUUCAUGAUACUUUUGUCGGUGUUGGCGUCGACGAUUGGGGUGGUGUUUUUGACGAUUUCAAUGGUUGAUGUUGUUCAGAUAAAGAUCGGGAAGAUGUCGUGUGGGAUUUAUGAGACUCGUGCUGCUGUGAUAUCGCUAUGUGCUGUUGUGGCUCUGGCUCUCGUCAUCUAUUUACCUUCGACUAUGAUAACUAUUUUACGUUGUAUGUAUAAUUUUUAGUACGAGAACGGACGUCGACAUAGUUUCAUGCGUACAGUCGGGUCUGAAUAAUUAUAUGUUUUAUGGACGAAAUUCUGGCUAGUGUUGUCUUUAUAAUAUAAAUUAUAAAAUUUAUAUUGAAUAAUUUCAAGUGAGAUUUAAAUUU